ACCAAACUAUGGUCUGUCGUUUAUUGACUGCAGAGAAACUGAGUUGGAUCACUGCUGUCAAACCAAGUUAGCUAGGACUAUGUUAUUGUGUUAGUUUUAGGGUAGUAUACUACAGCUGACUGCAAAAAAAAGAAGCAAAAUGUGCGCUUCUUGAGUGGCAGUUAAGCUUUAGAAAGUUUAGGCAAAACUUAGCUAACAUUAGUUUGACAGAUAGCUUGUCAGUUUAGCUUAGCCAUGACAGGGACGUGUUUAUACCUGUCUCAUGUCAACCACUGGACUUUAACUGUGGUCUAACGCAGGUGAAUGUUUUAGAUUUAAACAGCGCUACCGGCUAAUGGUUAGUUAGUGAGCUUAAUAUUUGAGCAAAAAGCUAAACUAAAUCAAGGCAGGUCAAGGUUAGCCUACUAGCACCGAGUAAAACCACUGACUAACCACGACUUUGUUUCUGUGGGAAUUAUGAGCAACAGUAACAUUUAUGCAAGUCGCAAACGGAGGAAACCUGUCCAGAAAAGUGUGCAGCAGUCUCCUCCUGAAUGUGCCAAAUCAAAUCCUUCCAAACGACACCGGGACCGGCUGAACGGAGAGCUGGACAGGUUGGCCAGCCAGCUUCCUUUCCCAAAGGAGGUUAUAUCCAAACUGGACAAGCUCACCAUACUGAGGCUAAGUGUGAGCUACCUGCGGGUCAAAAGUCACUUCAAUGUGACCCUGAACUCAAAGAGCUCCAACCAGCUAGCAAAUAACACUAAACCACACAUACAAGAGCUGCCAGAGGGAGAAUUGUUGCUACAGGCAGUAAAUGGCUUUGUGUUGGUGGUCACCUCCAAUGGCACAAUUUUCUAUGCUUCACCCACCAUUGAAGACUACUUGGGGUUCCAUCAGUCGGAUCUCAUCCAUCAGAGUGUUUAUGAGCUGGUUCACGCUGAAGACCGGGCUGAGAUUCAGAGGCAGCUCCACUGGGCGCUCAACCCCAGCUGCACCCCAGACACCGGACAGCUAGUGCAAGUUUUUCAGGAUGCACCAUUGCCUCAGACGUACUACAGUCCAGAGCAGUUGCCACCAGAGAACUCCAACUUUCUGGAGCGGAACUUUGUUUGCAGGUUAAGAUGUCUUUUGAACAACUCAUCUGGCUUUCUUGCCAUGAGCUUUCAGGGCCGUUUGAAGUUCCUGUACGGGCAGAAUGAGAGGACAGCAGAUGGGAAAGCCGUCCCUCCUCAGCUGGCUCUGUUUGCCCUGGCCUGUCCUCUGCAGCCGCCAUCCAUACUGGAGAUCCGUACCAAGAGCUGCUUUUUCAAAACCAAGCAUAAGCUGGAUUUCACGCCCACCGCAUGUGACACAAAAGGGAAGAUUGUUCUUGGCUACACAGAGGAAGAGCUGUGUUACCGCGGCUCGGGCUAUCAGUUCAUCCAUGCAGCUGACAUGCUCUACUGCGCCGAGAACCACAUGCGGAUGAUGAGGACAGGUGAAAGCGGGAUGACUGUGUUCAGACUGUUGACAAAACAGAACCUCUGGGUUUGGGUGCAGUCCAACGCCAGACUUGUCUACAAAAAUGGCCAACCAGACUGUAUCAUCGCCUCACAGAGAGUCAUCACGAACGAGGAAGGUGAGGAGAACCUGAGAAAGCGUGCUAUGAUGCUUCCUUUCAGCUUCACUACAGGAGAAGCUGUUCUCUAUGACAUGAACUUGCCAAUAUCUCAGGGUAACACCAUACCCUCUGAUAGCAGUGCUCUGGAUGAUAGAACCACUGGUACUAUAAACCCUGACUCCCUGCUGGGCUCCAUGCUGAAGCAGGAUGAGUCGAUUUAUGUGUGUCCUGCAGACGAGCGCUCUGUAUCAGUACAGGAUUUGGAGAACGGGGAUCUUGGUGGGAUCUUCUCUAGUAAUUGGCAGGAAAGUGCUCUUUCACUAUCUGAAAGCUCUCUUUUCAAAUGUGAGCCAGUUGUAAACUCUAGAGGAGACGACAGCUGUGAGAUAAUGAACUUCAUGGGGAGUUUAGGGAUCAGUCCAGAAGAUGUAAAGUUCCUGCAAGAUGAACUGUUCCACAGGAUUGACCUCGGUGAACAUAACGAUGUGGCAGACCUCACAGAUGGCAUCUUCUCCUACGUACAACACUCUCUCAGGACGAAGACAGACUGUAUAAUAUCUGGUGACAGUCUCAAGGGGAAGGAUCUCAUCGGGAAGCCUAUGCAGACCUUCACACCUUCACAGCGAGCAUCUACAUUACUCUUACAGGAUUCAAGUGAUCCUCUCACAUUAGUACCUCAGCAACAACAGAUGACUUUCAUAGAAGAACAUCCUAAAGCAAAUACACAACAUUUCACACAAAUACAAAGUCACAGUGAACUGCAGGCCACACCAGAUCUCCAAAACGAUUCUCACGGACACCGACACAAAACGUCACAACACUACAACGGGACAAGAAUCACACCAUGUGAACUUUCACACGUGACAGCACAAAAACACCAGCUUCAGACCGUGAUACAGCAGUCGCAGUGCUCAUACCUUGCUCCUCUUCAUCUGCUGGAGUGUAAAACUCUCAAAAAUGAUCAGGUUUGUGGGAACCUCCCUGAAGGUCUGGUCAGCAACACUCUGCAGGUUCCUCCUCUCUUCCAGCCAGAGCUCCAGCAGCCCAGCAGCUUUUACCUGGAAUCGCCCCUUCCGGAUCUGAAGCACCCUUACAGAAACCAUAUGAGCACUGUGUCCUUCAGCUGCUCUUCACCGUAUAUCACUGCAGGUGACACAGGUACGAGCGAGCUUGAAGUGCUGCUCAGUGGCCUGGAUGGUGAUGUGGAGAGAAACGGACACUCAGGACCAAACAGAGGAGUGGGAGUCGGAUCAAAUCUGGAUAAACAAGAUUACAUAGGCCAGUUUCAGAAUGGAGGCCACACAAACUAUGCGAUGGAGAGUAACACGACACAUCUGGCACAGCAUCCCGACCAGCAUCAGAAAAACAGCAGACCUCAUCCAAACCUGUCUUUAGGAGGAUACUUGUGACUGAUCAACUGACAGUCAUAAAUAAACUUCAUACCUAUCUGGGAUGAUCAGUUGGCUGUGGUCAUACUAACCCAUAAUACAUGGACCAGAAAAACACACCAGCAGACUACAGGAAGAGGAAGAGGAAGCAGAAACUGGGGUGAAGGAAAGGCUGAAAAUGGACAAAUGUCCUGUGGCUUAGCUUGACGUCUAAGAUGAAUGAAGAAGCAGCCUGUUUGUAUCAGUUAGAUAUUAGAAUCAUUCAUCAGUGGCUUUUCUCUUAUAUGAACAGUGCUGUCAGAGUACUUUGAUAAAUCUCUCUUUAAAUGUCUCUCUUGAGAUGUUGCAAAUCUAUUGGCCUGUCAAAAGUGUGUCUCAAAGCAAUAUAUACAGUGUGCGCUGUAAAUAGCCUUCAGCAAAUGCCAAAAAGCUUUUUUUUUUUUUGUUAUUUUAAA